AUGUCGUUUCUUGUCUGCCUUGCAAUAUUUUCUAUUCGUACAUAUUUAUCUACAGGUUCUUAUACAUAUGGAAUAAUUCAUAAUGCAACAGUUAAAAUUCCAUUCGAUUUACCUGACGACGUUUAUCAUAGACUAGACAAUCAAUUUUCUUGUAAUCAAUGUCUUUGCCAUGCAUUUAACGAUUCUCGCGUAUUUCUAUUAACAUGUACUGGUAAUGAAUUUGAAAAUUUUACAUGUCAAUUUUAUUAUUUUAUGCCGAUGAGAGAUGAACUUAGAUAUCGAAAUAAUACAAAUAUAUACUUAAUGAAAAAUGAAACAUUUAAAGAAAAAGAUGAUUGCUGUAAUACAACAUAUCUUCUUGAACAACUCCAGUCAACAUCAACUAAUAAAACACGUGUUUUUACACAAUCUUUACGUUUUCUUGUUUUCGGUGAUAAUAAUACGAUAGCUUCAAUAUAUCAAGAGAAAUUAAUUAAGUUUAAUAAAUAUACAUUUGAAAAGGUCUAUGAAUCAACUCGAAAUGGUUUUAAAACGGUUGGAUUCGAUGGGAAAUAUUAUUAUCUUGGAAGAGGCGGGUCAAUGGAAGUUCAUAAUGUGAUAAUCGAUUCGCCAAUAACAACUGUUACAUUAGGAGGUAUUUUAACAAGUAUUCGUCGUCGCAAUAAUACAAAAAUGCUUGUAGGCGCAGCUACAGCAGGUGGUUUUAUUUGCGAAAGGCAACCAGAAAUAUUUAACAAAUGUGCAGCCAUUCCAGCACUGAACGCAAUUGGAAAACAAUUACAUGCUUUGGAUAUCGUUAAUGACAGCGCAUUUUAUGCUGGCUGGGCAGAUUCAAGCGAAAAUGUUCGUUUAUAUAUGAAAGAUCAGAAUAAUACAUGGAGCGACAGUAACUCUAUUUUUAGUAGCUCUACGACGGUGUCAGAUAUCAUUGUUGAUGAUUGUCAACGGUUAUGGGUAGUUAAAGCAGGCGCUAAUAAAAUAUAUAUCUAUGAUCAAAAUAACAAUUCUCCGAAUAUAUUUACAACUAAUUCGGGUUUAUUUAACCUUUUGAUUAUGGAGAAUUAUACACUUGUUACGUCACAUGAAGCUGCUCCUCAGGGCUUACAUGUUACUAAACCAACUCUGAAUUGUCGUCCACCGCGUUAA